CGGGACUGGCGAGGGAGGCGGAACAAAGGAAGCUCGGCGGCGGCGGCGGCGGCGGCCCGGUGCCGGGAGAGAGAAGCCAGAGGGCGGGCCGGCCGCUGGGGCCAGCCUCCCCGCGAGUCCAUUUUGUGACUGAAGCAGCCUCGCUCCUUGGAAGCUCAGCUGCGAUAUACUCGGGCAACUCGAGUCCCGGCUGCUGCUGGCGCUGGCACACGCACUCCAUGAGCAGCUGCAGAGUAUAAUGGAGCUACUUGAAGAAGACCUCACAUGCCCUAUUUGUUGCAGCUUGUUUGAUGAUCCCCGAGUUCUGCCUUGUUCUCACAAUUUCUGCAAAAAAUGCCUGGAAGGUAUCUUGGAGGGCAAUGUCCGGAAUAUGUUGUGGAGACAAUCCCCUUUCAAGUGCCCCACUUGCCGGAAGGAAACGGCAGCUGCCGGAGUCAAUAGCCUACAGGUCAAUUACUCUCUGAAGGGAAUUGUGGAAAAAUACAACAAGAUCAAAGUCUCUCCCAAAAUGCCGGUGUGUAAGGGCCACGUAGGCCAGCCCCUCAACAUCUUCUGCUUGACAGACAUGCAGCUGAUCUGCGGGAUAUGUGCCACACGUGGCAAUCAUACCAAGCAUGUCUUCUGCUCCAUUGAGGAUGCCUAUGCUCAGGAGAAGAGCGCCUUCGAGUCAUUGUUCCAAGGCUUCGAGACCUGGCGGAGGGGAGAUGCUCUUUCUCGUCUAGACGCCUUGGAGACAAGUAAGAGGAAAUCCCUGCAGCUCCUGACUAAGGAUUCAGAUAAGGUGAAGGAGUUCUUUGAGAAGCUGCAGCACACUUUGGAGCAGAAGAAGAACGAGAUCCUGUCUGACUUUGAGACCAUGAAGCUAGCAGUCAUGCAGACCUAUGACCCCGAAAUCAAUAAGCUCAAUACAAUCUUGCAGGAGCAGCGCAUGGCUUUUAACAUUGCAGAAGCCUUCAAGGAUGUGUCAGAACCCAUUGUGUUCCUACAGCAGAUGCAGGAAUUUAGGGAAAAAAUUAAAGUCAUCAAGGAGACCCCUCUGCCUUCCUUUAAUUUGCCUGUGAACCCUGUAUUUAAGAACUUUGAUACCAGUCAGUGGGAGGAAAUAAAACUAGUAGAUGUAGACAAAAUGUCAUUGCCCCAAGAGACUGUCCCAUUCACCAACAAGAUUCCCUGGAGCUUUUAUCAGAUAUUUGUGGUGCUCUGUCUUGUUGGCCUUCUUGUUUACUUCACUCCUACAGGGUCUCUGGAUGGGUCUUUAUUUGAUGAUUUCUCACUUUGGAAAGCCCAUCUUUCCAAGUUUAGCUCCUGUUAUCUGACUGAAUCAGUAGAAUUUGCAGAUCAAGCAGUUUUGUACUGGGAGCAGGUGGUGGAUGGGUUUUCUGUUUUCAGUGAAAAGUUCAAGAAUUAUACUUUGGUAUUGCUGAAUGGUAUGGCAGAAUUUGUUUGCAAAUAUAAACUGUUAUAAAAAAUCUGUUGCAAGUAUACAAUCCUAUUUCUGUCUUUUGUCUCUGGCAGAAUUAACC